GAGAUGUCAGACUUCGAUCGACUAAAUACAAGAGAGACACAGCUUCAAUUCAAUGGGAGGAGGGAAGGGAAGGGAAGGGAAGGGAAGUGUGUAGCUAAUAGUUAAUUGAUUAUGAAUUUAUGAAUAUAUAAACUGUGUGCGAGCUCUGCUCUGAAUGAAAAAUAAAUACUCAUAAAUUAAUAAGCAAGCAAAGCACUAUUUAAUUAAUAUUUAAUUUAGGAGACUAGGGUUUCAAAAUGCACAGAAAAAGCCAAUUUUGCACAACCGUUACAUCCCACGCGUCCAAACUACACUGUUCUCUUCUUUAUUAACAACUCAACUUUGGUCAGACUAUUUACUGUAGCUUAAUUGCAAACUUUUAUCUCGGAAAUCAUAGCUUUCUUUACUUAUCAUCAUUACUGUUAUCUCUCACUCACUUACCCAUCACACCCUUUGCCGUUCUUGGUUUUCCGGCGAGCCCUGUAAAGAAUAAGUCGCCGCAGGGAAGAGAUGUCGCCGGUGGCCGGUAACAGGGGCUCCAAUGGGUUGCAGGGUAGGCAUUAUCCUACACCCCAUGCUACCCAUGAGGAAGUUGUCAAAGACCCUGUCGUUUUCUGGGACACUCUCAGGCGCUUCCACUUGAAGAUGAAUACCAAGUUUAUGAUCCCUGUGAUUGGAGGAAAGGAGCUAGAUUUGCACAUAUUAUAUGUAGAGGUAACACGGAGGGGUGGCUUUGAGAAGGUUGUUGCAGAGAAGAAAUGGAGGGAAGUGGGUGCCAUUUUCAUGUUCUCCCCAACAACAACAAGCGCUUCUUUUGUGUUGAGGAAACACUACUCAACUCUUCUCUACCAUUAUGAACAGGUUUACUUCUUUAAGACACAGGGUCCUUUAUGUACCCCUACAGCUACUGCAUUUUCCAUUAGUAACCGUUCUGAGUCUGCAGACAAACCUGAGCUUGCUCUGGUGGAAUAUUCCCCCAAACACAUAAAAGAUUGUCCGCAUGUCAUUGAAGGUACGGGAACCAUUGAUGGGAAAUUUGACUGUGGCUAUUUCGUAACUGUGAAAUUGGGUUCGGAAGUUCUCAGCGGAGUACUCUACCAUCCUAAUCAGCAGCCUCUACCAGGUCCUUCUUCUAAUCCAAUUAGUCCAGCCCCCCAACUUGUUAAUGCCAUUGUACCAUACACCAAAAGAUCUCGUCGUCUUUUGGGUUCGAAGAGGAGGAGGAGAAGAAGGGGAGAUCCCAACUAUCCGAAACCCAACAGGAGUGGCUAUAAUUUCUAUUUUGCUGAAAAGCAUUACAAGCUCAAGUCCCUCUACCCAAACAGAGAAAGGGAGUUUACCAAGAUGAUAGGCGAGUCUUGGAGCAAUCUCACUGCAGAAGAGAGGCUGGUUUACCAGAAUAUUGGGUUGCAAGACAAAGAAAGAUACAAGAAAGAGUUGAAAGAGUACAAGGAGAGUAUGAAGCUCGGGAGUCAGGCAGACCAUGGAAAUGAACGAAAGUUGAUCACUAGAGCUUAAGAAGAGAGUCGAGAGAUUGAAUGAGCUUUGGGGUGUGCGUGUAUAUGAGAGAGAAAGUAGUCUCUGGUUGUUAAAAAGAAAGUUUAUGCAACCAUUUUACGGUGCAAGAUGAUCAGAUUCCUAAACUUUAGCUUUAAUAUGCGAGGGGCACUUAACAACAACUCCUUCCUGGUUGUUUCUAUCGUUUCUGUGUAGAAUGCGUCUGUUUCUCUGGUUUUAGUUAGCUUGUAAUAUAUAAUAUGGUAAUUCAUUAGAAACAAGGGGAAAAAACAGUUUGUAGAUCCGGCUCAGCUGCAUGCAGCAAGGAAACAUAAUAAAUUGAACGUGUGGUCGUGCAGUGCAGUGCAGGGCUGCAAUCUUUUCUUUGCAUAGUCUUCAAAACACAUCAUAUGAAUUCCAUCCUUGACGAUGAUGAUUGGACAUCAAAGAUUCAUCAGCA